AUGGGGCUUAUGAAUGUUCACAAAGAAAAGGAAAAUGCCAGUUACAAUCUAGUGGGUUUGAUGUAUACUGCUGAUGAGAUCUCUGUUACCCGGUACUGUUCUUCUAACUGCUACACCUUGAGAGAUUUGGAGAAAAUGAACUUCAAUCUGUCCAGUUCACUGAUAGACGCGAGUUUCAUUUUGACUGUUGACGGUUUGGCUUCUCUUGAACUGCCGUCAUUCUUCAGCAGUGGCCUUAGUGGCAACCUACCUGAAUAUCUGUCGAACAGCAAUUUAUCAGGGACACUGCCAGUGCAAUUGAUCAAUGGAAGCUCCCACUUGGGGACUCUCAAUCUAGCAAAUAAUAACUUGCAAGGAGAGAUUAUUUUUCCCAAUGUCUUUGCUGCUACAGGAUUAAGAUUGCUUCGAUUGGACCACAAUAAGUUUUAUGGGGACAUCCCUGUUAUGUCAUCUAUUGUGAGUCUGAUGGUAAUGGAUCUUGGCAAUAACUUUUUCUCUGGCAAGAUUGCAAGAUGGAUUUGCGACUUGACAAGCUUAGCGGCAGUUAACUUGGCCAAUAAUCAGUUGCAAGGUUGCUUGUCGCAACUUGAAUUCUUGGACCUCUCGGAGAACAAUCUUUCCAGCGCUAUAACAUUGUGCCUUAGCUGUGGCUCCAUCAUGCAUGCUUUAUCUAACAGCUCAAAUUUGGUCGCACUGGACCUUAGCAAUAGUAACUUCUAUGGAGUUAGCCCUGGUGUCGGGAACCAUCCUAGCUUGAGCAUUCUUCUUCUCAGAGCUAACCAGUUCAGUGGCACAUUUCCAGACCAAUUGUGCAGCUUGAGACAGUUGAGUAUGAUCGAUCUUUCUGUAAACAACCCUUCUGGCCAUUUACCUAGUUGCUUAGAUCAAAUGAACUUCGCAGAAGAAGUGUUCGGUAAGGUAGAUACAGCGCCUUAUUGCAUUGAAGAAACAGUCACUGAAUGGUCAUCUUCCUCAUAUUUCACGAAAAACACAAGCAGUGAAUUUGAUUAUUACGAUGUUCAUGUGCAGAACCAAUGGCUCAAAGGAAUCCAACCCUAG